GCUGCCGUGGCCGCACUAUUCUGACAUCUAGUGGGAGAGGAGGCGAAAGGGCUGCGCUUCUUUGCUGCGCUUGACAUUUACUGUAGAACUGGAAACGAAACAGAUAGCAAUCAUCGAUCCAGACUACAUACUAGUUCCGGGUGACGGAAAAUUCUGCUUUUCUUUUGGAUCUAAUUGUAACGCUUGGGCUUGUGUUCGGGAGUGUGGGGAGAGGAAGGAAUCUUCAAAAUAAUCGGUGUUUGCGUUUUUGAGCGCAGCAGGAAGCGACCAGAAAUUGCAACGAGUGUUUCUGUGUUGGGAUUUUCCACCGUGGCUCCACUCUGCCCGGGCUUUGCUGUUCAGCAGCCACCCCACACCAGGAAAUCAACUCACAAAUUAUCAGCAUGAUCCUCGAAGCGACCGCAACUUCGUUUUUUCUAUGACAAUUUACAGUAUAUAUUUCAAAUUGUUGCAGUGCGAAGGCCAGGUGUCGGAAACCGAGGCAGCGGCCGAUUGCGACUUCUUGGUUCUUGACUUAACGGGAUGCACAGAUAGCAAAUACCGGCUGGUGGCUUCCGUGUGUCGCAUGUGUCAAGUUUGCAGUUGUGCGGUGAGAAGUAAACACGGCCUCCCGUUGUAAAAUGAUGUCCUGCAUCACGAUCACCGAUGUGGACACCGGGACCAGCCAACUCCAAAACGGAAACCUACAUCCGAGCCCAUGCGCCCCGAAGCAGGCUGGAACAGGGCUGAAGGUUAAUUUUUACUCUACCCCUGGCAAACCCGAGAACAACUGCCUAACAUUGCCACCGGGCGACUAUGUUGCGGAGGAGAUCUGUGUGACUGCUGCCAAAGCCUGUGGCAUUCUCCCAGUGUACAACUCCUUGUUUGCUCUGAUGAAUGAGAGAGACCGGUCCUGGUAUCCUCCAAACCACAUCUUCCAUAUUGAUGCAUCAACAGAUGAAUGUACCAUCUAUCGAUUAAGAUUCUACUUUCCACAUUGGUAUAGUCCUGGACACAGGAGAGCAUAUCGUUAUAGUGUUACCAAGGGUACAGAGAGCCCUUUCAUCGAUGAUUCGAUAAUGAUGUAUCUUUUUGCUCAGUGGCGUGACGAUUUUGUUAAUGGAUGGGUCAAAGUCUCAGCUACACACGAAAUGCAAGAGGAAUGUCUGGGUAUGGCAGUGCUCGAUAUGAUGAGGAUGGCAAAGGAGAAGGACCAAUCUCCUUUGGACAUUUAUCAUUCAAAAAGUUAUAAAUCGUUGUUGCCAGAAAACGUUUGCCAACAAAUCCAGAAUUACCAUUUUGUGACAAGGAAGCGGAUCCGAUACAGAUUUUACAGGUUUAUCCGGCAGUUCAGCCAAUGCAAUGCAAGUGCGCGAGACCUGAAGCUGAAAUACCUCAUUAAUAUGGAAAACCUGCAGCCUGCCUUGUUCUCCGAGUAUUUUGAAGUGAAAGAGCCUGAACGUGGCCCUUCGGGAGAAGAUAUAUUUACAACCAUCAUUGUAACUGCAAAUGGCGGCAUUCAGUGGAUGAAGGGGAAAUAUAAUGAUAUUGAAUCUCACUCUGAUCAGGAUCUGCAAUCGUAUUGUGAUUUCCCAGAAAUCAUCAACGUCAGCAUCAAGGAAGCAAGCAAAGACAGCUCCUCUGAGGGCAGAAUUGUCACCAUAAACAAGCAGGACAGUAAAACUUUGGAAGUUGAAUUUCCGUCACUGAAAGAAGGUUUCUCGUUUGUGUCACUAAUCGAUGGAUACUACAGAUUAACGGCAGAUGCCCAUCACUAUCUCUGUAAAGAGGUUGCACCACCAAGCUUGUUGGAAAACAUUGAGAGCAACUGUCAUGGCCCCAUCUCAAUGGAAUUUGCUGUGAACAAAAUCAAGAAGGCUGGGAAUCAUAAAGGCUUUUAUAUUCUUCGAUGCAGUCCAAAAGAGUUCAAUAAGUACUUUCUCACUGUAGCAGUGGAGAAGGACGGCGUGACUGAAUGCAAGCAUUGUUUAAUUACCAAGAACGAGAAUAAUGAGUAUAUUCUGAAUGGGGCUAAGAAGAGCUUCAGCAGUCUCAAAGAUUUGCUGAACUGCUACAAGAAGGAGACUGUUCGAUCAGACGGAGUUAUUUUCCAGUUUACCAAAUGCUGUCCGCCGAAACCAAAAGAUAAAUCUAAUCUUCUGGUCAUGAGAAGCAACUGUGCCUGUGAUGUGCCAACAUCUCCAAUGUUACAGAGGCAUAAUGUCAGCCAAAUGGUAUUUCACAAGAUCAGAAAAGAGGAUCUGAUAUUUGGUGAAAGUCUUGGACAAGGAACGUUCACCAAAAUUUUCAAAGGAGUGAGGAAAGAAUUGGGAGACUAUGGUCAGAUACACAAGACAGAAGUUCUCCUAAAAGUUUUGGGAAAAGCACACAGAAAUUACUCUGAGUCCUUUUUUGAAGCAGCGAGCAUGAUGACCCAACUGUCCUACAAGCACUUGGUGUUGAACUAUGGAGUCAGCGUGUGUGGCGAGGAAAAUAUCAUGGUUCAGGAAUAUGUGAAGUUUGGAUCGUUGGACACGUACCUGAAGAGAAACAAAAACAACGUGAACAUCCUGUGGAAGCUUGAUGUAGCCAAGCAGUUAGCUUGGGCAGUGCACUACUUGGAAGACAGAAACCUUGUCCAUGGAAACGUUUGUGCAAAGAAUGUUCUGAUGAUCAGAGAAGAGGACAGAAAAACUAGAAGCCCACCAUUCAUAAAGCUAGCUGAUCCAGGAGUGGGUAUAACAGUUCUGUCAAAAGAUGUUCUAGUUGAACGUAUCCCAUGGGUGCCACCAGAAUGCAUUGAGGAUACCAAGAAUUUGUCCUUGGCAACAGAUAAGUGGAGUUUUGGUGCCACUUUAUGGGAAAUUUGCAGUGGAGGAGACAGACCACUUGGUCAUUUCGACAGCACAAGGAAAUUGCAAUUUUAUGAAGAUAGACAUCAACUUCCUGCUCCAAAGUGGCUGGAACUGGCAAAUCUCAUCAAUCACUGUAUGAAUUAUGAACCAGACUUCAGGCCAUCAUUCCGCGCCAUCAUACGUGAUCUCAACAGCCUGUUUACUCCAGAUUAUGAGUUGUUGGUCGAAAGUGACCUACUGCCAAAUGUGAGAGGAGGUGGACUAGGAUUUCUUGCUGCCUCUGGAAAUCAUGACCCUGCACAGUUUGAAGAACGGCACCUCAUAUUCCUGCAGCAGUUGGGCAAGGGCAACUUUGGUAGCGUUGAGCUCUGCCGAUAUGACCCACUGCAGGACAACACAGGCGAUGUGGUGGCUGUGAAGAAACUGCAGCAGAGCACCGCAGAACACGUUCGCGACUUUGAAAGAGAAAUCGAGAUUCUCAAGUCUCUUCAACAUGAGAACAUUGUCAAGUACAAAGGAGUGUGCUAUAGCGCAGGACGGAGAAACCUGAGAUUGAUUAUGGAGUACUUGCCUCAUGGAAGUCUACGUGACUACUUACAGAAAAAUAAAGAUCGGAUUGAUCGCAGGAAGAUAUUUGUUUACGCAUCUCAGAUCUGCAAGGGAAUGGAAUAUCUUGGAACCAAACGGUAUAUACAUCGAGAUCUGGCCACACGGAACAUUCUUGUGGAGAAUGAACACAGAGUGAAAAUUGGUGACUUUGGUCUAACCAAGGUUUUACCACAAGACAAAGAGUAUUACAAGGUGAAGGAGCCGGGGGAAAGUCCAAUCUUUUGGUAUGCUCUUGAAUCUCUGAUGGAGAAUAAGUUCUCAGUAUCUUCGGAUGUGUGGAGUUUUGGAGUGGUGUUGUAUGAGCUCUUCACGUACAGUGAGAAAACAAAAAGUCCACCGUCGGAAUUCAUGCAUAUGAUCGGCAGUGACAAGCAAGGACAGAUGAUCGUUUUCCACUUGAUUGAGCUGCUUAAAGCGGGGAGAAGGCUGCCUAAACCAGAAGAGUGCUCUGACACGAUGUAUUCUAUGAUGAUGGAUUGCUGGAAGAAUGGAUCAAAUCAGCGCCCUACUUUUAAAGAACUUGCUCAAAAAGUGGACUCAAUGAGAAGUUUGGUGGGAGGAUGAAUGUGCAGAGAUUUCAACCGAGUACUCUUUCGUGAAAACACAACUGCUGCUUAUCCAAUGUGUAGCUGACACAAUCCACUCGUGAACUGUAUUGCAAGUUGAAGAGACCUAGUGUCAUUUUAUCAUGUUCUGCCAGCUUGGAUCCCUAUGGAUUUCUUCCGCAUCCUCUGGAAAAAUAGUAGCCUUUCCACGGUGAAGUCACAGUUAAUUGGGGCAACCAACUGAAAAAGUCCGAAAAGCAAUGAAGAGGGCUUUGUAACUGUGCUGUGAUCUGUCCAUUUCAAGUGCUUAUAGUAGCAGGGUUGCCUUCACAGAGAUUUCAAACUUCCUAAUGGUGAUAAUAGGAGCUUUACUUAACAACAACCACCAAAUUGCCUUGUGUUGCAUGUGAAACUGUAUUGUCUGUGCAAUUUGCGCAAGAACUAGCAAAAGAAAUUCUGAUUUUGUAUUUGCCAUUAAUAAUCUAAAACUGCUCCCAACUUAGAUUCCUUCAGAGAGUAGGGAAUAAUUCCAUCGUACUACAUUGCAAUCUCAUUUAUACUUGCCAUAGGUUAGGACAUACAGAAACAUUGACAGGAAUGGAAAUCAGUGCCAUGGUGUAAAUAUAAAUAAAUUCAAUUCACUCUUCGUGUUAAAAGAAAAACAACCAGAUCUGGAGCUGAAAUCAGUGAAACUGUGAAUGCGAAAACAGUGGUGCAUUAAGCAGCAUCUUAGACAGAAUGUAAAACUGAAGAAUAAUGUGCAUGUCAGAUAUGGGAUAUGAUGGUGAUUAAAGGUUGAAAUUAAUUUAAUGUAUAAUGCAAAAUAAUCUACAUUAGUGAAGAAAAAAUAUUUACUACAUCACAAUUGAUCUGAGAUGUCAUAAGUAGUACCAACCUGAUAGUCUUGUGUGUUAAACUCCAACUAUGUUUAUAUGUUUUUUUACAUUUAGAUCAAUAAUAUUGCAUACAACCUGCUAAGGUAACUGUACAAAGAAGAGCUCAGGGACAUUUGUUUUACAAGUAGAGAAUGCAGGGUUCAUUGUUUAGACUAUUCAGAUAAUUUGCAUACAUUAUUCAGGUAGGAUGUCAGACCCAGAUCGCUUUUGUAAACCCACUGUGUCACCAUCUCUUCAGGGACUACAGGAGAUGGCCAAUGAAAAAUGGUCUUACCAGUGAUGCAUAUCCAAAAAAACAUUUCUUCUCCAUUUGUACAGGUCCCCUUACAUCUUUGCUCCCAACUAGGAAAGCAUUCUUCAGUACAUCAUGAUGUACAAAAAUGUAAAUAUGAAGGGACCAGGCUUGUUUAUCGGUUUGGCUGCUAUAAAAAUAGUUGUUUCAUAUGGGAUUAAUCCCUACAUAAAACUUGUAAAUGAUGAAGGAGGGAAAUUCUGAUCAUGCAUUGCUCACUUCGGGCUUAAAGUGUAAAUGAGUUUGAGCUCUGGGUUCUAGUGCUGGAGCAGCAUUGGACUUCACUGCGGGCUGUUCACAAGGCUGUGUGACUCAUGGAAAAUAUGUUUCAGGAAGUGGUCUGUGCUAAGGUCAAGAGAGCGCACAUGGAAAGGGAAUGUGCAACUGCUAGACAAACAAAUAUGAGCAGGCAGGUGUGUUGGGAGAUCCAUGAAGCCAUUUCACUAUCCAAGAAAUAUUCACAAGAGUUAAAAGAAUGGGAGGAGAUCUUGAAAUGUACAAAACGCUGACAAUGCUGGACAGAUCGGAUGCAGGGAGGUUUUCCCCUCUUGGCUCAGGGGUGCAGAAUGAAGGAUCACAGUCUCAGUUUAUUGGGUUAGGACUGAGCUGAGAUGGUGCAGAAAGAAAGUCUUUAGAUGUCUGUGACACUGCGACCUGUGCAGGCCAGAUAUGUUAAACCAGAGAAGGGCUGGGGCUAAUAUCUUCAAGGGCAGGUUUGCUCGUGCUGUUGGGGAGGGUUGAAACGUGAUUGUAUAAAAAUGGAAAUGUGAGUAAAGAUUCAAGAGAACGGAAAGCAGAGCCAGAUACAUGACAGGCAGCUGAUGGCAUCAAUACAUUCUUGAAAGUAUGACGCAGCUAAGACAGUGUGUCACAAGCUGAACAACAGGUUGGAGCAGGAAUGGGAAAGAGUUGUAAUUUCCGAUCUAGAAAAUUAUGCAGAGCAAGUAGAAGAAUUAUUAAUGAGGAAGUAUUUUUGUGCAGAUGAUCAUGUUGGGUACAUUUUUAGUAUAAGAAUGGAACAAGUCGCCAACAAAAAAGGAGUGAGGGUUCUUGAUGGAACAGAACCAAUAUUACUGGUGUUGGUCAAUCAUUUAAGACUCCUUGAAGGUAAACCAGUGUCAAAAGUUCGAGAGGACGGGCCCAUAAUUGACAAUGCACAGUUAAAAAGGAAGACUUGUUCAGACAGGAAAGAAUUCCUGGAAGAGUCCAAAAGUCUAGCUGUGAAACGAUAAAUAAAUUGGGAAAAGGUUAUGGAAAAUAUACUCCAAAGUAAAAUCAAAGAAAAUCCUAAAACAUUUUGUAAGCAUAUCAACAACAUGAGGAUAUGGUCAAUACCUAGUUGCAAGAAGUACAGAAGAAAAUAAUGAAUAAGUUACUAUUUGAGUUCCAAAAUAAUCCUAACCUGUGGAGAUGGAGAAUGUGAGUCAGUUUUUAAAGAAUAUUUUGCAAUGGUCUUCACAAAAGAAGGAGAGAAUACUGCUGUGGUUAAAAGGAUGAGUGUGAAAUAUUGGAUGGGAUGAAUAGUAAAAGGGGAGUUAUUAAGGGGUCUAGCAUUUGUUGAAAGUGGAUAGAUAGAAAGUGGAAAGAUAUCCCAGGCUGUUAAAAGAAGCAAGAAAGUAAAGUGCCAAGGCUCUGACCACCACUUUUCAACUGACCGUGGUGAUGAAGAUUGGAGGACUGCUCAUGUGUAAAGUUGUUCAAAAAAGGGAUGAAGGAAUAAACUAAGUUUAAUUUUGAUAGUGAGCCAAUUCAAACAGACCAAAUAAACCCGCAUUUAGAAAGAUGCUUUAUUCAUGUUAAUCACCAUGGAUUUGUUAAAAGAUCAUAUCCCACAAACAGGAUUGAAUUUCUCAACAAAGUGGGUCAAUGCAUAAGUGGUUUUGCAUAAUCCACUUGGAUUUUAGUAAGGCUUUUCACAAGGUCAUGCUGGACCCAAAAUUGGCUCAGGCACAGAGUGCAAAAGAGAUUAAAAAAUAGGUUUUGUGGUUGACACUGAUAACAUUGGCUGAAAAUCCUGGAAGAUUAUAGAUGAACAGUUGAGCAGAAAAGAUAUGUGCCCAAAUCUUUAAAAUGCAUGAGAUGAACAGGGAUUUAGUCGUAUGGAUUUGGAAAUAGCUUACUGAUAGAAGACAGAAUGUUGUGAUGGAAGGACAUUAUUCAGGCUGGAGGUCUGUGACUAGUGUAGUUCUGCAGAUACCUGUGCUGGGUUCUCUGCUGUUUGUUUGUGAUAUACAUUUAAAUGACUUGAACGUAAGCAUAGACAAGUUGGUUAGAAAGUUUGCAGAUGUUACCAAGAUUGCUGGGGGUCGCAGACUGUGAGGAAGGUAUACAGUGGGAUACAGAAAUGGGUGGAAAAAUGGCAAAUGGAGUUUAAUCCAAGCAAGUGCAAGGUCAAAUAUAAGAGGAAAAUAUACAAUUGAUGGCAUGGCCCUGCCAGGGUUGGUAGUUGGGCAGAUAUAAUAGUGGCAUUUAAGAGGCUUUUGGAUAGGCAUAUGGACAUGCAGGGAAUGGAGGGAUAUGGAUAAUGCGCAGGUAGAUAAGAGUGAAGGUGGACAGAAAGUGCUGGAGUAACUCAGCAGGACAGGCAGCAUCUCUGGAGAGAAGGAAUAGGUGUUCAAGAAGGAGCUUCAGAUGCUGGAAAAUUGAAGGUAGACAAAAUUGCUGGAGAAACUCAGCGGGUGCGGCAGCAUCUGUGGAACGAAGGAAAUAGGCAACUUUUCGGGCCAAAACCCUUCUUCAGGCCCCAGAGAAGGAAUGGGUGACGUUUCUUCAGACUGAUGUCAGGGGAGUGGACGGGAUAAAGAUAGAAUGUAGUCAGAGACAGUAAGACUGGUGGGAGAACUGGGAAGGGGCAGGGAGGAGAGGGAAAGCAAGGGUUAUUUGAAGUUAGAGGUCAAUGUUCAUAGCGCUGGGGUGUAAACGACCCAAGCAAAAUAUGAGAAGCUGUUCCUCCAAUUUGCGCUGGGCCACACUAUGACAAGAGAUGAUCUUGGCAGCAUGUUCGGCAUUGACAUUGUGUGGAACUCAGUGGGUCAGGCAGCAUCACUGAAGAGAAUGGAUAGGCAACUUUUCGUGUUGGGACCCUUCUAUAGACUCUGAUGAAAGCCCGUAGAAGGGCCUUGACCCGAAACACCACCUAUCGAUUGCCUCCAGAGAUGCUGCCUGACAUGCUAUGUUCCUCCAUCAUUCUGUGGUUCCAGAUGUAGUUCCUCAUGUCUCCAGUUUAAAACAAAUAUCAGUUGCUUUUCUUUAUCAAUUAAGACCUGGCAUUCAGGAGUGGGGAAAUUGUGCUAGAUUUGAUUGCACAGUACUCUCCUAGUAGAGCAGCAGCCUCACAGAUUUGAUCCUGAUCUCUGCUGUCUAUGGAGGUGGCAUAUUCUCACUGUGAUUGCAUGUUUUUUUGGGGUGCUCUAGUUUCCUUUCAUGUCCCAGUGAGGUGAUGGUUGGGACCAUUGUAAAUUGCCAUUAACAUUGUAGGUGUGUGAUGGAAUCUUCGGAUGGAGAGGAGGUGUUGAUGAUAAUGUGGUAAGAAAUACUAAGCAUUAUUGUGCAGUUAGUGCAAAUAGAUGUUUGAUGGUGGUUUCAGUGGACUGCACAGCCUGUUGACUCUGGCUCUAUGGUUAAUUCAAUGAGACUUUGAGUGCUGCAUUUGACUUGGUUUGCUAUUUUAUGAAAGGAACAUGGUUGCUCUGGUGUAGAGAAGAUUAACAAUGAUGUUGCUAGCACUGGAAAAUUAUAGCAAUGAGGAAAAAUCAGACAGUCUGAGGUUUUCCUCUUUUGAUCGGGGUGCUAGAUGAAUAAAAUUGUAAAGCUCCCGGAAACAGUAAACUGGAAGAGGCCACUUCCUUGGUUAGAAGGAGGGGGGUAAUUGGUAGAAUAUUUAGAGGGCAGAAGAGAUAAAAUAAUUUCACCCUGAUAGUGGCAGGGAUCUGGAAUUUAUUGCCUGGACGAGUGAAAGAACCACACGCCUUCGCCUCAUUGGAACAGUACCUGGAUGUGCACUUGUAGAGCCGUGAACUGCAAAUGCAAUCCUAAAGUGUGAUUAGACUGGGAAAUCUUGGUCAAUGAUGAACUCAAUGAUGAAUUGCCUCGUUAAUAUAUUUCUUUUGCUAUGACCCCGUUUGUUAUCCAAUAUUUCUAUGGGCAGAAUUAGUACUGCCUGAAAAUGUUGCCAUUGCGGACAUGAUGUGCAGAAAAUAAGCUGAAGAAUGUCCCUUUUCCAGCUCUCUUCCCCCUUCUCUAUCAGUUGGAAGAAGUCAUCACCUGAAACAUCAUCUGUCCACUCCCUCCACAAAUGCUGCCUGACGUGCUGAGUUCCUCCAACACUUUGUCUUUUGCUUAAAAAUAUCCCUGCCUCACUGACAAAAGUGGGCUUUUUUAUUGAUUUGGAAUUUUAAACUAAUAAAGAUAAUAUAAUAAAUCAAA